AACAUAUUCACAUCUAGGGGCAAUUUAGACGUGCCAGUGUUUUUGGGAGGUGGGAGGAAAUCAGAGUUACUUAAUUAUUUUAACUAAUAGAUGGGUUCUUCUCAAGCACAAUAUAGAUUGAUUUCUCAGGGCCUUUGCAACUGCAACACCAUUAUUUUAGCACUUUAUUUGUGAUGUUCAUUAUUCAGUGUGGAGCCAUACACAGACUAAACUUCAUUUGUAAGUCUGAAGAAACAGUUAUUUGGCAUUUAAUAUGUCUUUUUCAUCACCCAGCCCUCAAAAUCCAACACACACACGUAGACCGCACAUGUUAAGGUGGCUUACCAGAGCCUGUAAUCUGGGGCAAUGACAUCACUCAUCUCAAAUUGUGUGUAUCUGAGGAUUAAGAAGGUCACGGGGAGGAGGAGUGUGCAGUUGUGUGGCCUGUUAUGCAUUUCCAUCAUUACACACACACGCAGGGUGUUCUUGUACCCACACACUCACUGAGCAGACGCUCACAUGAUGGAAGGCAUGGCAGCAGCAGCAAUGGCAGACGCACACAUGGAGGAACUGGUGGAGCGAUCUGGAGCAGCUGAAGAUGGAGAAGUUCAGCUGAGGGAACUGUACCCUGAUGGCCCUCUCUUAGCACCUGAAGCAGACUUCAUAGUAGAUGAGCACAGCUCAGCACACAGUAACAUGGAGGUGACAGACAGGCUCAUGUACUUGGAGCAGCGCCUCCAGAUGCAGGAGGAUGAGGUGCAGCUGCUGAAGAUAGCUCUGGCUGAUGUGCUCAAGAGACUCAACAUUUCAGAGGCACAAACUGCUGCUCUCUCCAAGAGAGGGCCUGUUAAAGCAUCGAGGCCUGUGUCUUUGGCCCUGCCACCCAGAACAACCAGCAAUACAGCCAACUCCCUGAAGAAGAGCUCCAGCUCCACACUGCCCUCUUCCACAUUCUCUAAGAAUUACAGCCCUUUGCCAGCCAGCAAAAGAAGUCCAGCAAACAGUGCAAAAGACAGUUCAAGUGUUCCUGCAAGCCGACGCACUGCUCAAACAACCAGCACCACCACAACCCCCUGCAAGAAACUUCAAGAGAGCAGCAAACCAAAGGAGACCAUCACAAGUGUUGUAGGAACCUGCCGUGUGACUCACUGCAAAGUGACUAUGCAGAUCUAUCUGAGCCACCCAGCAAAAAAGACUGGACCUACUGAGAAUGCAGAUGCUACAGCUGUGCAGCUGAGUGUGUGUCCGCCUGCGAGUGGGCCACCUCCAGAUAAAGCAGCCUCAGACAAGAGGAAAGUAGGAGCUGGGAAGAAGCCUCCCUGCACAUUAUCCCUGCACAAGAGCACAUGUCAAAGCCCCUUUUCCCCUGCUGAAACCCCCAUCUACAAGAGUCCCAUCAAGUCCCCUAGCCAGUAUUUCCAGAUCUGUUACUAAACACACAGUAGUAGAACCUGGACAACUGAUCUGGUGUUCAUAAGUUACUAAAUAAAGCUGUUGAUUGGUGACUGUUGGAAGUGAUAUUCUGGCUAAUUUUUAUUAACUCUCUAAUGGCUGACAUAUUGGUUUUAAUUAUUUUGGUUUUGAUAUUGUGAAUUUAUGGGACCUAAUGUGUUGGGUGACAUAAGUAAUGUUAUGGGUCAUUUUUGAAAAACGUACCACUAAUUAGUCAUUUUUCUCUUUCAUUUCCGCUGUCUUCUAUUUGGCUUUCUUAUUACUUUCUGUAUUGUCUCUGAAAAAAAGAUUUCCCUAUAUUGCUUCUCUAAUUGAUUUUGAAAUGUUAAAAAUAUAUUUUAUCAUAAGAAAGUUCUCAGAGUUCUCAUGUAAAGGGAUGACUCUUUUUGUGUAAGUGUAUUCUACCAUCUAAGCAACAUAUAAACAUAUAAAG